AUGGAGACCGCGGCGGAGGUGAUUCUGCGACCCGUCCCUCCCCUUACCCAGGUAAACGGUACGCGCUAUGUCUCCAACUCAUCUGAGGUUAUCUCCUUACGGUUUUUCCAUGAAUGGCAGAGCUUUAAACAGGAUGUUCUCGAAGCAUCUGCUUCUUUAGAUCUUAGCCAUCCUGUUCCGUACACGGAUGAUGUGUCAGAAAACUACGUCGUUGGAAGCGAACUUGGGUUAAUCGGAAGGUUCUCCAAGAAUGUCUGUGAUCCAGUUUCGAAGGUGUUUGCCACUACUUGCCUCUCUCACUUGAAGUUCGGUGAUUAUCAGUCCGCUGCAGGACCAACGGACACAAGUCAAGUACCUGGUAUCACUAUGUUCAAUACAACAGGACCACCUCGCCCCGCGGCUGUCGGCGAACUCAAGUCUUUCUGGACAGUUGAACUCGAGGACUAUUCAAUUCGCGAAGGCUACCAGCGGUUAAUUGGCAUCCAGCAUCACAUUGCCCAACUCGUCAAGUACAUGCGGUCGAGUAAGCUUAAGUUUGGAUUUCUGUCGACAUACGAGUGGACGAUCUUCAUUCGCAGAACGGGUCCUUGCCAUUUUGACAUGUCGUUACCUAUUGCAAGAGACGCGUCGAACCCCAGUCUCCGGCAAUGCUUGUUAGCGCUAGGUGUACUGGCUUCCAGAGAUUGGAAAUUCAUUGAACCUCCUGACUUCAACAUCGCUCAGGUAAGUUUCCGAGGUAGUAAUAGCGGCAAUCUUCUAACAUCAGACCCUAGCUCCGCAUUCCGACGGGCCCUUCACGCCAAGCGUCCGUCCGUCCGUCCACUUUCCGGAACCAAAUCGGUACCAAGGAGGAGAUAUCGGACAUGCUUGGCUCGUCGUCAAUCCUCUACGGGGGCGAAAACGGUGCUGCAACAACGUUCGUAA